AUGGAGAUUGAUCUUAUUGGAAGCAAUAUGGAAAAUUCUGGUGUGGAAUAUAAUCCUAGGAAACUUGAGGAGCUUCUUUUGGGUCAAGAGAUGUUGUUUAAGGUUCAAAGUAGGGACAACAAGGAGUAUUAUCGCAGAUAUCAAUAUACGAUUAACAAAAUAUGCAAUAUUCAAGAAAUUGUGGAGAAGCAUGUUCCUCUGAACAUUGGAUCAAAAGUUCUGAAUUCUGAUGUGAAGUUGUGUGAUUUACUCUUUAGUGAUGAUAUAGUAGAUGUAAGUGGUAAGGGCUUUGUUACUCCUGAUUUAUCUGUGGUUACCAAGCAAAAUGGGGUUGAGUGGGUUGCUGAAGGAAGUGUGAAUAUGUGCUUGGAAGAUGAGUUUGAUAGUUGUGAUGAUUUCUGCUUUGGAAAGAUCAAGAAGAAGAUGAAGAAAGUAAAUUUGAUUGAAGAAGAAGAUGAGACUUUUGUCAGCUACAUUAUUUACACCAUUGAGUUUCAGAAACGUGGAUUGCCUCAUGCGCAUAUUUUGUUUUUUUUAAGCAAUGAGGAUAAGCAACCUCAUCCACGACGCAUUGAUGAAAUUAUAUCUGCUGAAAUUCCUGGUCCAUUGAUUGAUCCUUAUUAUUAUGAGUGUGUUAAGGAACUUAUGAUGCAUGGUCUGUGUGGUGUGGUUCGAAAAUCAUCCCCUUGCAUGCGUUAUGGACGUUGUACUAAGUAUUAUCCGAAGAAAUUUGUUUCUGAUACAGUAUUUGAUGAUGACGGUUAUCCCAUUUAUAGGCGUAGAGAUAAUGGCCGGGUUGUGUUGAAGGAUGGUAUUUCUUUGGAUAAUAGAUAUGUUGUGCCUCACCAUCGUUUUCUCCUUGUGAAAUAUGUUGGUCAUAUUAAUGUCGAGUGGUGUAAUAAGUCCCGUUCAAUCAAGUAUUUGUUCAAAUAUGUACAUAAGAGUUAUGAUAGGGUGACGACAUCUUUUUUCCAAUCUGGUGUUGAUGGUGCUGAAAAGAAUUUGGAUGAAGUUAGUUUGUAUUAUGAUUAUAGAUAUGUAUCUGCAUGUGAAACUGCUUGGAGAACUUUUGGAUUUGGGAUUCAAUACAAGGAUCCUUCUAUUGAACGGACGAUUCAUGAGAGUAAGUUCUUAGGUUGGAUGGAGGUAAAAAAGUUAUAUUCUGAAGGUAGAAAUUUGACAUAUGGUGAAUUUCCAACCAAGUUUGUGUGGAAGAAGGAUCAUUGGGACCCUAGAAAACAACGUUAUUCGGUUGGGAGGUUGUUUUAUGUUGCUCUCGGAUCUGGUGAUAUGUAUUACUUGAGAUGUUUGUUGAAUGUCGUUAAGGGAGCUAUAUGUUAUGAGGAUCUUAGAUUUAUUAAUGGUGUUCAGUAUGAUUCAUUUAUAGAUGCAUGCUUCGCUUUAGGAUUGUUGGAUGAUGAUAAGGAGUAUAUUGAUGGAAUUGUUGAGGCUUCUUUUUGGUCGUCUGCCCAUUCACUGAGAUUGCUAUUUGUAAGUCUGCUGUCAUCAGAAUCUGUAUCUCGAGCGGAUGUUUUAUGGCAAAAGUGUUGGAAACAUUUAUCUGAUGAUGCUGUUUAUAAUCAGAGAAAAUUAAGGAAUCGACCAGGAAGAGAACACUUGGAAUUUCUAUCAAAGUUUACGGAUGAGCAACUUAAUGUUCAUGAUACCAUAAUGUCGCCUGUGAAUUCAAAAUGGAGGAAAAAUGUGUUUUGUUUAUGGGUAUGGGGGUAUCGGAAAAACAUUCAUUUGGAGGUCUUUGUCAGCAGGGAUUCGUUCGAGAGGAUGAAUUGUGUUAAAUGUGGCAUCCAGUGGCAUAGCUUCUUUAUUGUUACCUGGGGGUGGAACUGCUCACUCACGCUUUAA